CAGGGUCAGAAUCAAUCUGGAAGUGGAGGACCAGGAGGAGAUAAAAAGGGAGACAAGGUAACAAAUUGCCAGUCAGACAAUUCUGUUAAGAACAUCUAUAGGCUGCACCAGAAGCAUAUAUCUGCCUUAGCUGCUGCCACCUGGUUAGCUCAGUUGGGAGAGUGCCGGUCUGCUGAGUGGGAGGUUGCAGGUUCAAACCCCGGCCAGACCAACACUCAGGGUCUUUAAAUAACUGAGGAGAAAGUGCUGUCUUUGUAUUGACAUCUGAAAACAGUUAGACAUUCUAGUCUUCUCGGAUAAGGACGAAAAACGGUAGGCCCUAUCUUACAGCACUUUUACUCGUCUGGUUCUUGUGGGAUGUAAAAGAACCCACCUGACUUUUCAAAAAGAGUAAGGGACACCAACCGCUGUGGUGUGGCCAACCUUUCCUGGGCUGGGUGGGUUAUCUGUAAGGAGAGAUCUUAGUAUGGGGAUAACCUCAUGAUCCUUCUUCAGGUGUCGUAAUGAUGACCUGUAAACAGUGUGUGUAUGUAUGUAUUUAUGUGUUAUUCAACUGAGUGACAAAGAAAACUGUGGACAGGUUAAGCUCUUGGCAAUUCAAACGUCACCUGGUAUAAAGUUCCAAGUCUUUUGGUAAAUAAAGGAAUAACUUAAUAAUGUACUGAGUUAAAUUUAUUUUUCAUCCAUGUACCCAUAUUUAUGUGCAAGAGAUUCCUGUUAUUAUACCUAAUAUAAACAUGACAUUGAAAUAAUUGAUAAUACUGUCUUCUGUAUGAUGAGAUUUAUAUGACUGUCUUAAGGGUUAAAAUCUAUCAUUGUUUAGGACAAGAAAAAAAAGUAUGAACCCCCAAUCCCAACCAGAGUAGGAAAGAAGCAGAAAAAAGCUAAAGGUCCUGAUGCUGCUAACAAGUUACCUCAAGGUGAGGAAAGAAGAACUGUUUACUGUCUCUUAACUCCUAGCUAAUCAUUACUCAUAGAUCAAUAUUAUCAUUAUUGAGACUGUGUUUUGUAGAUCUUCCUUUUGAGUCUGAAAUUAAAUGAAAUCCUAUUCAAACCUGAUCAAUACAGGCACUGAAGGGACCUUAGAAAGUGUCUGUAUUAAUAACAGGGUGUCCUUAUUAAGCAUUUCAUAUUAUUUAGGUGAAAAAACUCCAAAAAACUAAAGAAAUAAAAGAGGGCACUAGUAUCGUCAAAUUGAACAUUUCUAGUCUUCACAAAGCCGUCAUUCCGUGGCUUAAAUGCAUGGAAACACUCAAAGAUCACUCAUUUAGCUGCAUAACUUGUUUGAUACCAAAAAUUGACAUCCACAAAUGUUCAGUUGACAAUGAAGUGUCUGCAUUAGCAAGGUUGUCUUUCUAUGAGAAUCUGUUGAUUGGGCAUGAAAUAAGUGUCCGUUGUCCAUAUUAAUGGGUGUCUGCAUAGUGUGUAGAAUCAUUUUGAGAAAACUAUCCAAUAAGACAAACUAGUGGCCAUCUUGGAGAGGAUACUGUUGUAGAGAGAUUGCCAGUAAAAAAGGUUUGACUUUAUUAACCAGUCUUCUGUACCUGUUUAGUAACACCACACAGGAAUUGUAGGUUAAAGCUGCUAAAGUUGGAAAGAAUAAAAGAUUAUCUUUUGCUGGAAGAAGAAUUUAUCCAAAAUCAAGAAAGACUCAAACCCCAGGAGGAGAAGAAUGAGGUAUGAGUUAAGCAUUUUGCUUAGACAGCUGUAAGAAGUGUUUUUCAUCAAUUAUGGUAAAAACGUGUAGGAAAGCCAAAGAGAUGCUAUAUGGUAGCUUAAAGUUUUAAGCUUCUAAGAGACAGUGGCUGUAUGUUAUUGUAUCUGAAGGGUUUUGGAACAAGUUUGUGUAUGUAUGUGUCAACUCAUUCCCACAGUCUAAAAGCUGGAUUGCAUGUAAGUUAGGGUGUAUGCCGCAAAAAUUCUUAAUGUAAGUUUGCUGUAUGCAUUUGAUUGCAGGAGGAGAGGUCAAAGGUUGAUGACUUGAGAGGCACCCCAAUGUCAGUGGGAACUUUAGAAGAGAUAAUUGAUGAUAAUCAUGCCAUUGUGUCUACCUCUGUUGGCUCAGAACAUUAUGUCAGCAUCUUAUCAUUUGUUGACAAAGAUAUGCUUGAGCCUGGCUGCACUGUACUACUUAAUCACAAGGUUUGUUGACAAACAAUCAAGUUUUUGUUUUCUUUUAGAUGAAAUUAACCUUUGAAUGCAUUUUGAGAUUGUUAUAAGAGCACAACCACACCAUAAAUGUAGCUACUGUUGCUGCAGCCAGAUUUAAUUUGCUAAGAUUGACACUGUUGUGUGUUACUGGCACUGCCUGUCUUACAAGAGGUGUCCACUCUAUGGACAGUCAUGGUUACCUUAAGACAGGUAAUACUGAGACAAUAAACUACAGUAGAAGAUAGGUAGGACUGACAGGUUGGCCACAAUAAUUAUUACAAUAACAACAUUCAGCACACUUUUAUUAUGUUCAAGUUUAGCUAUGGCAAGUCAAACACCACUUUCCCAAAUUCUAUUUUGUCUGAUUUGUAUCGGUUUUGGUGCAUAAAGUCACAAGGAGAGUAAUGAUACAGAAGAAUGGCUUGGACUUAUUCUCCCUUUGGUCCAGAGAUGGAGGUGUCUUUAAAGCUAACUCUAUGUUAAAAAAAUAAAGUUGUUCUGUGCAUGUGUUGUCAGGUGCAUGCAGUAGUUGGUGUCCUGUCUGAUGACACAGAUCCCAUGGUGACUGUUAUGAAACUUGAAAAGGCUCCUCAAGAAUCAUAUGCUGACAUUGGGGGACUGGACCAACAGAUUCAAGAAAUCAAGGUAUACCUUAAUAAUUGCCAACGAGCAGCCUUGCGAACAUGGCGGCAGUGUAAUAAAGCCAUGCGCGAAAGUUCCAAGGCAGAAUGAAUCUCGAAUAGAUGUAACAUGUAGUAAUGUAAUGUUACAUUUAUGACGUAAUGCACAACAGAUAAUGCAUUGUUUUCAAUUGAACUUGUGGUACAGAACAGAGAAUCCCAUGCUCAUCCCAUAUCCCAACCAUCCUCAACCAAUCGUCGGCUGGAUUCAUUAGCAUCAUACGGGUAUAGGUAAAAUCUUUUCUCGUUGGCACUUAGUUAUAUGACUGUUUCUUAAAAAUUAUGUAUUUCCACAGUAGUGGAGAUAAUUAACCAGUUGAUGUAAUUUUACAUUUACAAAAGUGGAAAACUGACCCAAGUACUGACUUAAGUGUCCACCUUGGCUCUUAAUACAAACUGCUCCAAAUUGCGCUGGUUGUCAUCAUAAAAAAUAUUAGCUCUGUUGAACUGAAACAAAAGAAGGAGUACAUCCUUGAGUGCACGCAAAUGAGGCAUUGGGUUCAAUUAUAAUCCCAUUACUCUGUUGCUUCUUAGGAAUCUGUUGAACUUCCUCUAACACACCCAGAAUUGUACGAAGAGAUGGGAAUAAAGCCUCCUAAAGGAGUGAUUCUGUACGGUCCGCCCGGUACAGGUGAGUGACCCAAUCACACCUCCAUUCUAACUGCAUUAUUUUAGUGUCAGUGAGAUGAGUAAGAAUCAUUUGAAUGACAUGGUGAAGCAAAGAUGUGAUCAGCAAAACAACGAAUCAAGUGCAUAAGUUGCAUCAAGGUGAUUGAGACUAAAGAGACAAAACACUUGGUAGGUGAUGGACAGAGGAAAAGAAACCCGUCUAGAACUCCACAGCCAUACAUGUGUAAAAACAACAGUAUGCAAAUAUAUUGAGGACUAAUUAACCAAAACUUGAACAAAAAAAGGAACUUGAAGCAAAAAAAAUUAACAUUUGGGCAAGCUGAACUAGCAUUUACUAAAAAAACGAUUCAGCUGAAAAUUUUCUUCUGUUAGUGACUAAACCUGUGUAGGGCAAGUUUUUCACUAGGAUAGCAAAAUCCUGGGCUGUCGGACACUACUUUCUUUGCACGCUGGAACAUCAGAAAGGUACAAAAAUCCUCAGUAACUACACCUGUGUAGAUGCUUGUUAAUGGAUAUUCUGUGACUUUUUGUAGGAAAAACUCUGUUAGCGAAAGCAGUUGCAAACCAAACAGCUGCAACAUUUCUUCGUGUUGUUGGAUCAGAAUUGAUACAAAAAUAUUUGGUAAGAAAAGUAAUAAAUUAUGUUGUUUAUGGCCCCUGAAUGUAUUGAUGACUUUGUGUAGCUUAUGUUCUGUUCCAGGCUAGAAGGGUACAGUAUGUCAGCUGAUGAAGAGAGACAUUUCAAAGCAAUGAUUCUUCAUUAAGAAAACUAUCCUGGCCAAGCCUUAUCCCACAGAUUUGAAGCCCCAAAUAAAUCACUCGCUAUGUCUGACAUAGGCUAUGUGAAUUGCCUUGAAUGUACUCGCAGUAGUAAGGUCUUGUCUGCAGAUGAUCUUCACUAUGAACAGUAGAUCUAAUGUGUGUCAAUGUUUUCAUGUUUUUAGGGCGAUGGUCCAAAGUUGGUCAGGGAAAUGUUUAGAGUAGCAGAAGAGCAUGCACCAUCGAUAGUUUUCAUUGAUGAAAUUGAUGCCGUUGGAACAAAAAGGUAACAUGAAAAGCGAAGAAUAAUCUUUAGUUGUUUUGUUUUGCUACGGGAUGUUUUUUCUUCAAAUCCUGUGAAGAGAAAAUCCAGAGCUCUUAAACCAUCUUAACUUAAAAUGCUUUAUGGCUAACCCUGAUUAACCAAUAAAUUGUUUUUCAGGUAUGAGUCCAAUUCAGGAGGUGAGAGGGAAAUUCAGCGCACCAUGUUGGAACUUCUUAACCAGUUAGAUGGAUUUGACUCCAAGGGUGACGUCAAGGUACUUGUUAUCUUGCAGUGGCAUUAACUUACAGUGGCAACUUUUUAAGAUGCCAGAUGUGUUUAAAAUGAAGCCACAAAGUUUCUAACUUUAUUGGCUUUUGUAAAUGUUUUCAGGAUUGUAUUGAUUUUAAAUUUUGCCCUAUUAUUUUCUCAACCAAUCCUGUGAAUUGUUCUGGAAACCUUAUACCUCUGUGAAGGAACCACCUUUAGGAUAGGCAUGAAUGCAGUGCUGUAAUUUUCAUUGAGUUUUGUAACUAAUGUUUCAUGUGUUGUAUGAUUUAGAUAGGCAUCAUUCAACUUACUAAAUGCAAACAGAAUUUGAGACUGUUAGACUAACCCAUGUCACUCAGGUUAUCAUGGCAAACAGAAUUGGUAGACUGUCUUUACCUUUAAAAAUAAUUUAUUUUUGUAUGUCUUAAUAUUGAAAUAACAUUUUUGGCACAGCUUAGAAUAGUUUAUGAUGAAGAGAAAAUAUUAACAAUUUGGAUCUGUGUGAUGCAUUUGUUAUUCCGGAAGAUAUGUGUGGAACCCCACUGGCCAUUCUCUAGCAGAGCCCUGCUAAUGGUCCCUGUCAACUUACUUUUGCUUUUUUUUUUUCAAACAGAAAAUCUUAGGUUUUCCCCAAGGGCCCAAAAAUAAAAUUAAAAUGUAACCUAGUGAUAGUACAGCAAUAAACUGAAACAUCCAAGUACAUAAGUCAAACAGUGAAUUUCCAAUAAAAGGGGUGUCAGAUACUGAGGUGUUAGUUAUAAAGGAGUUUGUAAUACUGGUAUUUGAUCAUAGUUUACUUUUGCUUUUCACUACCCUUAAGGGCGCAUUGACAGGAAGAUUGAAUUCCCACUUCCUGAUGAAAAAACAAAGCGACGCAUAUUCACAAUUCACACCGGCCGGAUGACACUGUCUGAAGAUGUCAAUCUUGAAGAGUACGUCAUGGCUAAAGAUGACCUAUCAGGUGCAGACAUAAAGGUAAGCCAACCAAAUCAUAAAAACCAGACCUUGGUUUAACAAUGCCUGAGUCACUGGUGAGAUUUGUGGCUGCCGUGACCCCCCAUUAGCCCCAUGUGCCAUUUGGAUGCUCUGUUUUUUAUUAUAAGCCAAGCCAGGAGCUCAUUACCCUACUUAUGGGCUCCUAGCUUGGCUUUGCUAUCUUGGGGUCCAAACCUUUUGCCUCCCAUACUUAGCAUUCCUGGCUCCUGCCUCUUUUCUUCUUGGCAUCCUCCCCUACUUUGAUUGUGAAAUAUUAAACAGUGUUGCAUAUUUUCUCCCUAUUUCUCCCACUUUCCGCCGUUUUAGAACUCGCACCUCCCACCCUUUCCACCCCAUCAUCCCCCACUCCCUAGUUUCCCUUUCUACUAGCCCGUGUAUAGACUUCCCCCGCUCUUCCCUCAGGAAAAAUCGGAAAAAUCCGAUUUUUCCUCUGGGGAGGGGGGUUCUGCACAUGGGCUACCCUUCUACCACCUCCCAAUGUCUUUUGCUUAAUGUGAUGUUCCUCUGAAUUUCUGGGUAAAUGAAAAAGAACCUAGAAAUUAAUCAGGUUAGCGCUUGAAAACAAAACUGGACUUUUUUCUUUCUCGUUGUUAUUAAGGAUUAAAUAACAUUGUUUUACUUGUCAUUCUCUUAAAUAGACAUGGUGGAAGUAACCAUCUUUUUUUUACCAUUUUAGGCUAUCUGUACUGAGGCAGGUCUAAUGGCACUGCGUGAAAGAAGGAUGAAAGUCACCAAUGAAGAUUUCCGAAAGUCCAAGGAAAACGUUUUGUACAGAAAAAAUGAAGGCACGCCUGAAGGACUUUACCUUUGA